AUGCAAAAUUUUGAUUCAUUAUUACUAUUAUUAUCAUUACUAUUAUUAUUAUUGCUAUUACUAUUGUCAAUGCUAUUAUUAUUAUUAUUGUUGUUACUAUUAUUAUUAUUAAUAUUAUUAUUAAUAUUGUUAUUCUCAUCAAUAUUAUUAUUUUCAUUAUUAUUGAUAAGAAAG